AUGGCAGCUCAGCCAGCCCUCGCCAUCGCGCCUUCAGCUGCUCCCUUGGCCCCCGCGUUGGUUGCCAAGCCCACUGUGUCGCCGUCACCCGGUCCCGGCACGCCCGGUUCCGUCACCUCGAAGGAAUGGAUUAUUCCCCCCCGUCCUAAGCCGGGUCGCAAGCCGGCCACAGACACGCCUCCAACAAAGCGCAAGGCCCAGAAUCGUGCUGCCCAGCGAGCUUUUCGAGAACGCCGAGCUGCCCGUGUCAGUGAACUCGAAGACCAGAUCAAGUGCAUCGAGGACGACCAUGAGAUUCACGUCGCUACGUUCAAGGAGCAAAUCGCGAACCUCUCGCGGGAGGUCGAACAGUGUCGGACCGAAAUGGGAUGGUGGCGCGACCGGUGCCAUGCUCUCGAGAAAGAGGUUUCCGUUGAGCGAGCCGCGCGGGAGACGCUGGUCAAGGAAUUGCGAUCAUCGCUGCCGGAGAAGAACACCUCCGGCACCGAUGCCGUGCCCCUCCCGCCUCGUUCGUCAAGAUCCUCUCGCAUGGAGUUGGAAAAGAGCUCGCCGGUAGACCGCCGGUCCGAAUUGGGUGAAGAAGUUCCAUUGGGCUGUAACCGGUGUUCCACCUCGCACUGCCAAUGCAUUGAAGAUGCGUUUGGAAUGCCUCCUAUUGAGAUGAACCGCGCCCCAGAGCCAAAGAUCAAGCCCGAGCCGGAGGAGAUGGAGAUCGACUUCACCACCCGGUUCGCUGCACCUCACCAUGAAGAAGACACUGCUGCUAGCCCGGUUGCCUCCCCGCCAGUCGACCCCUGCGGAUUCUGCCAGGAUGGCACGCCCUGCAUCUGUGCUGAGAUGGCUGCACAGGAGGAAGAACGCCGACGAAACAGCACUUUUGAGAGCAACCGUCUAGCACCAAUCCAGAACAUCUCCCAGUUCACACCCCCUCCAUCAGAUAGUGAUGUACGCUCAGAUAACGUCACUCUGCCGCCCAUAAGCCAGGCAACCGCUGCCAAUCCCUGCGCUAAUGGGCCAGGAACAUGUGCCGCAUGCCUCUCAGAUCCUCGAAGAACCUUAUUUUGCAAGACCCUGGCGGCUUCCCGCUCCGCUAGCGGCACCCCGUCUGGAUGCUGUGGCGGCAAAGGUCGCGACGGUGGAUGCUGCCAGAGUCAGAGCCGCACCUCAGCACCCCGCCGUUCAAAUACCGAUCGCUCAGCCACACCACUCACCCUAUCCUGCGCCGACGCAUUCACGACCCUCUCGCGACACCCGAACUUCUCCCGCGCUAGCGACGAACUUGCAUCUUGGCUGCCAAAACUUCAUACCCUCCCCAAUCCCAGAGACGUUAGCCAGACCACACCCGCCUCGCGAGCCGCGAUGGAGGUCGAGGCAGCUAGUGUAAUGGGCGUGCUGCGUUAUUUUGACCGAAGAUUUGCCGACAAAUAG